GCUUGGACUCAAUUGGAAUGUAAAGCUUCCCCGAGAAGUCUCCCACCGUUCAAACAAACCCCGAACCUUUUUUAUUUUUUGGUAGACAUUUCCCCGCCAUUUGUUGUUCAUCAAUCUCUACAUUCUCUCUCUAGGGCUUUUUUUUUGGGUUCAAAUUCUUCUCUCCCAACUGUCUCUGGCAGUUCCCCAAAUUCCAACUAUCAGAGCUCGGAUUUCGCAGCAUUUCGGAGCAAAAGUCCGCUGGCAGUCAACGGCAAGCAGUUAAUCGCCGAGCACACAGUUGAUUUCAUGUCGAGGCCGAGUUCCAGCGGCGGCGGCGGUUGCAUCCCCCGCGGCAUAUCCCUCUCCAACACUGUUCACUCGGAAGUAGCGUCUUGUUUGCCGUUGCCGUCUCUGCCGGUGUGCUGCGGAGCUGUUGAGCAGGAGCUGCGGUUGUCUAGCGAGCAGAGCGAGCCGAGAUCGUUAAAUAGGAGUGAGGUCCUGAACCAGGCUAGCCGGAUCGCUGAUCUGCUCCGGAACACUGACGUAUCUUAUCUGAAUCUUCGAGCUGAUGUGGCUCCUCAACAGUGUGGAUUCAUAGGAAAUGUUGAUCUCUAUGAUGCAGUUCUUAGAUGUGACUCUGAAGCAUUUGAUUUCAAAGCUCCAGGUUCUAAUGAGCCUGCAAGUGUCCAUAAAUCAGUGGAUGUUAGACCUUUUGAGAGUAGACCUAUUUUUGAACAUCCACAUAGAGACUUUUCAGAAACUAACUAUUAUCAGCACGGAUAUGUUCAAAAUGAUGCAACUACAUCUUCUAGAAAACCAAGAGGAAAGAAGAGAGCAAAUGAUGACGUUUUAAUGCCAAGCAGUUCUAACCAAGAUUCUGUAGUAACAGGCUUCCAUGAGAUGUUGGAAGACUUCUGUGGGAAGGCAAAAAUAAAUGAUGAUGAUGAUAGGGAUGAAGCAGAAUGGAUACCAUUGUCCUUUGCUGAUCUUAGAGGGCUUGUAAAUGAAAUAGUGACAGUCCGAUCCAAAAAAGUGCUAAAUUUGAUUCAAGUAGAUAUUCUUGUAACAACAUUGAAGGUGUUAGAUCAGCAAAUUCAUAGAGCAGAAGGUUUAUCCAUUAAUGAAUGUGAGCAUCCAGAUUCAGAGACCGUGACAUCUAUUUAUAGUGCAUUGGAGUCUGUUCAUGCAUCUUUGGCAAUUAUGGCUUACAGUGGGAUGCCUAAGCAGCUCUAUAAAGAAGAGAUCAUUGAGAGAAUCCUGGAGUUCUCUAGGCAUCAAGUCAUAGAUGUGAUGCUCGCUUCUGAUCCUGUGUACCGUGCACUGCAUAAGCCGAUUGAAAAUGGGGCUCUUGAAGGUGAAGAUGACGAGGAGGUUUAUGAUGAAUUUGGUUUGGCAUAUAAAAAGAAGCGGUUUGCGAGAAAUGUAAAAAUAAAAAAGUCAGCCUCAAACAAGGCGUCUUCUGCUGUGAAUAAGAUACUUCAAAAACUUUGUGUUGUUCUUGGAUUUCUUAAGGAGUUGUGUUCAAUAGAGCGCUUAUCAGAUAGUUGCAUUCUUCAACUUGUGAAAACAUGCUUCACUACAUUUUCAGUGGAUAAUAUACAUCUUUUGCAAUUGAAAGCAAUCAGUUUGAUAAGUGAGAUAUUUUACACAUACACAGAACAUCGUGGGUACAUGAUGGAUGAAAUACUCCAAGUUCUUCUGAAGCUUCCAUCCACCAAGCGGAUACCUAGAACUUAUCUUCUUCCUGAUGAAGAAAAUAGGCAAAUUCAGAUAGUCACUGCUUUGUUGCUUCAGCUAGUUCACAGUAGUUCGAACCUUCCUGAAGUUUUAAAACAAACAUUGUCCAAUAUUUCCCUAGAAGUCGCUCUUGAUGCUAGUUGCCCUACAACAUGCUAUGAAUCAGUUACUGAAGCUUGCUGUCUUUUCUGGAGUCGGGUUCUUCAGCGGUUAACUAAUUCAAAAAGUCAAGAAGCGUCUGAGUUGAAGAUGGUGAUUGAGAAUAUAGUCAUGGAUCUUUUAAUCACUUUGAAUUUACCAGAAUAUCCUGCCUCUGCUCUUCUUCUAGAGGUUCUUUGUGUUUUACUUCUUCAAAAUGCUGGGCUGAAAUCUAAAGAUGUCUCUAUUCGCUCCAUGGCCAUUGAUCUUCUUGGUACUGUUGCAGCUCGGAUGAAACAAGAUGCAAUGCUUGUUCAGAAGGAAACAUUUUGGAUAGUUAAAGAGUUGAUUUCUGGGGAGUUGAGUGACCAUAGCUUUCCCCGGGAUGCAUGUUCGGUUUGCCUAGACACUAGGAAUGAUAAAAUUAUGGUUGUAUGCAGUGCUUGCGAGAGAAUAUUUCAUGUUGACUGUAUAGGGGGUAGAAGGCAUGAACUUCCAACUCGGAAUUUUCAUUGUCAGUUGUGUCUUUCCAAAAAGCAACUGCUUGCAUUGAAAUCACACUGUGAGUCCCAGGGCAUCGAUAGUAGAAAAAAUAAGCAUGAGUCUGAAAAGCCUUCAAAAUCCAGCAAUUCAAUUACAAAUUUGGAGACCAUUCAGCAGCUUCUUCUGACUUAUCUUCAAGAUGCCGAGUCUGGAGAUGAUUCACAUCUUUUUACCCGUUGGUUUUAUCUUUGUCUUUGGUAUAAAGACGAUCCUGGUUCUCAACAGAAGUUCUACUUUUAUCUCUCAAAGUUGAAAUCAAAAGCAAUAUUACGUGAUUCUGGAUCUUUUUCAUCAUUCCUGACAAGGGACUCAGUCAAGAAGAUAACUUUGGCUUUGGGACAAAAAAGUUCUUUCUCUAGGGGAUUUGAGAAGAUUCUCCAAUUGCUUCUGGUCAGUUUACGGGAGAACUCCCCUGUGAUCCGUGCUAAGGCAUUGCGAGCAGUCAGCAUAAUUGUAGAGGCUGAUCCAGAGGUUUUGUGUGAUAAGCUAGUCCAAACAGCUGUUGAAGGGAGGUUUUGUGACUCUGCUAUAUCCGUUAGAGAAGCAGCACUGGAACUGGUUGGCCGAUACAUUGCUUCGCACCCUGAUGUUGGAUUUAAGUACUUUAUGAAGAUCGCAGAGAGAGUAAAGGAUACUGGAGUAAGUGUGCGGAAACGAGCUAUCAAAAUCAUACGGGACAUGUGCACCUCAAAUUCGAACUUCUCAGAGUUUCCCAAUGCAUGUAUUGAGAUAAUAUCACGUGUUAAUGAUGUUGAAUCCAGUGUGCAGGAUCUUGUGUGCAAGACAUUUUAUGACUUCUGGUUUGAUGAAUCUUCUGCUUCACAUGGCCAGUAUUUUGGAGAUGGAAGUUCUGUUCCCAUUGAGGUGUCUAAGAAAACAGAGCAGAUAGUUGACAUGAUGAGAAGGAUGCCAACCCAUCACCCUCUUGUCACUGUGAUUAAACGAAACUUAGCCCUUGAUUUUUUUCCACAGUCAGCUAAAGCUGCUGGUAUCAGUCCUGUAUCGCUUGCGUCAGUUCGCAGGCGUUGUGAGCUAAUGUGCAUGUGCUUGCUGGAGAAAAUAUUACAGGUUGCCGAAAUGAAUUAUGGUGGAGAGGCUCGAAUGCUUCCAUACAUGCUGCUGCUACAUGCCUUUUGUGUUGUGGAUCCCACUCUUUGUGCACCAUCUUCUGAUCCUUCUAGAUUUGUGGUCACACUGCAGCCAUAUUUGAAGAGUCAGGCUGACAACCGAGUAGCUGCCCAACUUCUGGAGAGUAUACUCUUUGUAAUUGAUUGUAUAUUUCCUUUUCUACGGAAGCUUCCUCAAAGUGUGAUUGAAGAGCUUGAACAAGAUCUGAAGCAUAUGAUUGUCCGACAUUCUUUCUUGACUGUUGUCCAUGCAUGCAUCAAGUGUCUCUGCUCUGUAUGUAAAGUAGGAGGAAAAGGUGCAAGUGUCAUUGAAUAUCUUGUUGACUUAUUCUACAGGAGAUUAGAUACCCUUGGGUUUUGUCUUGAUAAUAAGCAGCAAUGUCAGCAAGUUGGCCGAUCUCUUUUCUGUCUGGGAUUGCUGAUACGCUAUGGUAGCACUUUACUGAGUACAUCCCAACAGGCCAGUGAUAAGAACAUAGAUUUAACAAGAAGCCUGGAUGUGUUUAAAAAGUAUUUGCAGGCUGAGGAUUAUGGGAUCAAGGUUAGGUCUUUACAGGCACUUGGAUAUGUUCUAAUUGCCCGGCCAGACUUCAUGCUGAGAGAUGAUGUGGGAAAUAUUUUGGAGGCAACUCUUUCUGCCAGCACUGAUACACAUCUUAAGAUGCAAUCAUUGCAAAACAUGUACGAAUAUCUUCUUGAUGCGGAAAGCCAAAUGGGAGUAGUAAAUGAAACUGGUGGAAGUGAAGCUAAUAACUCAACAGACAGUAGGCAUUGUGUCCCUGUAGCUUCCGGUGCUGGUGAUACCAACAUUUGUGGAGGCAUAGUUCAGUUUUAUUGGGACAAAAUCUUGGGAAGGUCUUUAGAUGCAAAUGAGCAAGUACGCCAGUCUGCUCUUAAGAUUAUGGAGAUUGUGCUACGUCAAGGUCUAGUCCAUCCCAUCACUUGUGUUCCAUACCUUAUAGCACUUGAAACAGAUCCGUAUGAGCAGAAUUCAAAGCUGGCACAUCAUAUGUUGAUGAACAUGAAUGAAAAAUAUCCAUCCUUUUUCGAGAACCGCCUUGGGGAUGGAUUGCGAAUGUCUUUCCAGUUCAUGCAAGCCACAGGUGGUGCAUCAGACCGUCAAUAUGCAAAAGCCCAAUAUAAAGUUCCUGGAAAUGUGCCGCCAAAUUCGGAUACUGGCUCAUUUACCCUUGCAAGGCUUGGUGUCUCACGAGUUUACAAACUCAUUCGUGGGAAUCGAGUUUCGAGAAACAAAUUCAUGGCUUCAGUUGUACGCAAAUUCGAUACACCAAUCUGCGAUGAUGUGGUUAUCCCUUUUCUAAUAUACUGCACUGAAAUUCUUGCUUUGCUACCUUUCACGAUGCCGGAUGAGCCACUAUAUUUGAUCCAUACCAUUAACCGUGUUAUCCAAGUUAGAGCUGGUAAUGUGGAGACAAACCUGAAGGUCUUCCUUCAUUUACUGCAAGGAGGUGAACUAAAUAUAAAUGGAAAAAGGAAUGUUCAGAAAGAUGCAGCCCAGUCUGUUAUGUAUCAAACUAGAGCAACUGUUGGCAGUGUAGUUAUGGAAGAAGAGUUCAAAGCUGAUCAAGGAUGUGAAUACCAUGUCCCAUUGGAUUUAAAUGAUCUCUCUUCGGGAAACCCACAUGUCGUUUCAAGUGUCGAUUUGCAGAAAUUUCAGGCGGACUUUCUGCAAGCUGGUGCACUACAACUGCUUCUGAGACUAAAAAGGCACCUAAAGAUCAUUUAUGGCCUAAAUGAUGCUCGUUGCCAGGCAUACUCUCCCAAUGAACCUCCGAAACCCGGGGAAACUCUUUCAAGGCAGAGUAUUCAGUUCAAUGUGAGUGACAUACGCAUUGAUCCCCCAAAUACACACGAAGAGUUCAUGAGGCGAUACCAGGACUUCAAGAAUGCAAUCAAGGAGGACACUGUUGACUAUGCAUUAUACACAGCAAGUAUAAAAAGGAAACGGCCACCACGUUCAACUCCAAGAAAAGGAAGCAGGAGAUCCGGGCGAGUGGGUGAUGGGGAUGAUUCUGAUUACGAAGACGAAGAGGAUUGGACUGGCGGGGCCCGGAGGAAUGGCGUCGCCAGGAGAGGGGAUAUCAUGACUAGGCAGAGGUUGCAGCUGUAAAUACUUUCACAGGUAAAAACAAACUGACACAUGUAUAGUUACGUAGGAAGCAUGGAAGGGUAGGAAACAAAAUUCACAGAGCAACUUUGGGUAGCCAAUGUGUGCUAUAGGGUAUUGCUGCUUUUGGCCGACUAGUUCAUUUUGUUUGUGCCCCCAUAAAGGUAUUUUGCCAAAAAAAAAACUGGUUAACAAUAUCCUCUGUGGCACAAAUCCAACCUGAUCUAACGUAUCUUCUGUUGGGGGCUUUUUGUUGGGUGG